GAGCGAUCCCGCAUGGCGCGCAAGCUCUGCGCCCCAGAGGCCGCCCCCGCCGCGCUCUUCGCUUGGGGUGCAAAUAGCCAUGGACAGCUCGGCCUGGGCCAUAAGGAGGAUGUGCUUUUGCCCCAGCGGCUGAAUGAUUUUUGUGACCCUGGGUGUGUCCAGAGGAUCACAGGAGGAGGAGGUCACUCUGCAGUUGUCACAGCUGGAGGAGAUCUUUUUGUUUGUGGCCUGAAUAAAGAUGGGCAACUGGGACUUGGUCACACAGAGGAAGUUCUGUAUUUUACCCCUUGCACGUCCCUCCUUGGCUGUCCUGUCCAACAGGUUGCCUGUGGCUGGGAUUUUACCAUUAUACUCACAGAAAGUGGUCAAGUUUUAUCCUGUGGAUCCAACUUGUUUGGCCAAUUAGGAAUUCCUCAUGGGCCUCGAAGAUGUGUGGUUCCCCAAACCAUUGAGCUCCUGAGAGAAAAGGUUGUAUGUAUUGCUGCUGGACUGAGACACGCGUUAGCUGCUACAGCAAGCGGCAUCGUAUUCCAGUGGGGCACUGGUUUGGCAUCAUCUGGACGGCGUUUGUGCCCAGGGCAGACUCUCCCAUUGUUUCUGACAGCAAAGGAACCGAGUAGAGUAACAGGUCUAGACAAUUCUAAAGUAAAAUGUGUUCUUGCGGGUUCAGACCACUCAGCUUCACUAACAGAUGCAGGAGAACUGUAUAUUUGGGGGAGUAACAAGCAUAGGCAACUCCCAACCCAGGCUGCUUUCCUUUCUGUGCCCCAGAAGAUGGAAGCACACUGUUUUCAGAAUGAAAAGGUCACUGCCGUCUAUAGUGGAUGGACACACCUGGUCGCCCAGACAGAUCUCUUGUGGCUCAGAGCAUAAUCUGGCAGUGAUCGGU